AUGAUGGCGAGCACGGCGUCGGCGACCGCCGCCGCCGUGGCAUUCGGGGCUGCCGCCAAGCCGCGGGGAUCGUCGUCGGCUCCCUGCGCAAGGGUGGCCGCCGGCGGCAGGCGGCGCUCCGGGGUGGUGGUGCGCUGCGACGCCGGCGUGGAGGCCCAGGUGCAGGCGGUGGCCAAAGCGGCCAGCAUCGCCGCGCUCGAGCAGUUCAAGAUCUCCGCCGACCGGUACAUGAAGGAAAGGAGUAGCAUAGCUGUGAUUGGCCUCAGUGUGCACACAGCACCAGUGGAGAUGCGUGAAAAACUUGCGGUUGCAGAGGAACUAUGGCCCCGUGCUAUUCAAGAACUUACGAGUCUAAACCAUAUUGAAGAGGCUGCUGUUCUUAGUACCUGUAAUAGAAUGGAAAUUUAUGUGGUGGCCCUAUCAUGGAACCGAGGUAUCAGAGAACUAGUGGACUGGAUGUCAAAGAAAAGUGGUAUUCCUGCUUCUGAGCUUAGGGAGCACCUGUUCAUGAUGCGUGACAGUGAUGCUACACGCCAUCUGUUUGAGGUAUCAGCUGGGCUGGACUCUUUGGUUCUCGGUGAAGGACAAAUCCUUGCUCAAGUUAAACAAGUUGUGAGAAGUGGACAAAACAGUGGAGGCCUGGGAAAGAACAUUGAUAGAAUGUUCAAGGAUGCAAUUACAGCUGGAAAGCGUGUGCGUUCUGAGACUAACAUAUCAUCUGGUGCUGUUUCUGUCAGUUCAGCGGCAGUUGAAUUGGCCCUGAUGAAGCUUCCAAAGUCUGAAGCCCUGUCAGCUAGGAUGCUUUUGAUUGGUGCUGGCAAAAUGGGAAAAUUAGUGAUCAAACAUCUGAUUGCCAAAGGAUGCAAGAAGGUGGUUGUGGUCAACCGUUCAGUGGAAAGGGUGGAUGCAAUCCGCAAGGAGACGAAAGAUAUUGAGAUUAUGUACAGGCCGCUCUCAGAGAUGUAUGAAGCUGCAGCUGAAGCUGACGUCGUGUUCAUGAGCACUGCAUCUGAAACCCCAUUGUUCACAAAAGAGCACGCAGAUGCACUUCCCACUAUUUCUGAUGCCAUGGGUGGUGUUCGGCUUUUCGUUGACAUAUCUGUCCCAAGGAAUGUGAGUGCGUGUGUCUCUGAAAUUGGCUCCGCACGAGUAUACAAUGUUGAUGACCUGAAAGAGGUGGUGGAAGCCAACAAGGAAGACCGUCUCAGGAAGGCAAUGGAGGCGCAGACAAUCAUCACUGAAGAGCUGAAACGGUUUGAGGCAUGGAGGGACUCUCUGGAGACCGUUCCAACCAUCAAGAAGCUGAGGUCAUAUGCCGACAGGAUCCGGGCCUCGGAGCUCGAGAAGUGCCUACAGAAGAUCGGGGAUGACGUUCUCACCAAGAAGAUGAGGAGAGCUAUCGAGGAGCUAAGCACCAGCAUUGUGAACAAGCUCCUCCACGGUCCGCUGCAGCACCUGAGGUGUGACGGCAGUAACAGCCGCACCCUUGAUGAGACGCUCGAGAACAUGCACGCUCUCAACCGGAUGUUCAGCCUCGAGACUGAGAAGGCGAUCAUCGAGCAGAAGAUCAAGGCUAAGGUGGAGAAGACCCAAAAUUGA